AUGGAAUCAGGUGGUGGUGGUGGUAGCGGUGGUCCAACAAAUUUCCUAAGGAAAACAUACCAGCUGGUUGAUGAUCCUUCUAAUGACGAGAUAGUAGCUUGGAGUGAAAGCAAUAACAGUUUCAUCAUUAAGGAUGAAAUUAAAUUUGCCAGCAAUGUUCUUGGCAAGUAUUUCAGACACAACAAUUUCUCCAGUUUUGUUCGUCAACUCAACACCUAUGGAUUCCGAAAAAUAAGCCAGGAUCAAUGUGAAUUUUAUAAUCCAUAUUUUCGGAAAGGUCAAUAUUGUCUUCUUGGUAAUAUUCACCGCAAGAAAACUGUUUUCAGUCACUCUCCUGGAGAAGUAGAAAGGGUUGCAUUUGAAGAAGAAAUUGAGAAACUUGCUAAUGAAAAAGCCUCUAUUGAAUUAGAUAUUUCUCGCUUCAAUCAGCACAAGCUUCAUGUGGGAAAUCUAGUGCGUAGAUUAGAAGCUUCAGAGAAUAGGUAUAAUAAUUUGAAGAACUCGUUUGAAAUGAUUCUUCAAAACCCUAAUUUGGUUGAAAAAAUGAAUAAGAAAAUUGACUUCAUUUUUUCUUCAAAAUUUUCCAAUAAAAGCUCCUCUCCUAAUGCUGCUGAAAAUGUUGUUGCUGACAAUGAUAUCAACAAUGAAGCUACGGAAGCUGGAAAUAGUUUGGGUGAUAAUGAUAGCUACUAUCCGUUGAUGGAAGUUGAAGAUGAUUUUGCUGACAUUGAUACCAAUUUUGGAUUUUGGGAUUUUGAAGAUAUUUUGGCUGAAUUAUAG